GUGGCAGCUUCAGUCGCGUGGAAUUCACGUCGUAACUUUGCCGCUAAAAUAUGAACUAUAUAUUUUAACGAUAUUUAGAAGCUCGGAGUGACGCCGACGCCAAUAAUAUAGAAAGUGAGAACAUACAUAAGUAACUGUAGUAAGGAAGGUAAAAAAAAAACAAACAGAUUUGGCGAAAAUGUCGCGCAGAAAGUUACCACUUUGGAUGUGUCCCCCGGCCGAGAAGUGUCAGCGAAUGGAUGAAUGCACGGAGAAAUUAGAAGUUCCAAGUGCAUCUAUAAUCCAAAGCGUCGAUCCACCGGUACGACGCUUACGAAGUAAUUACGUUUUUCCAUCGGAGGAGAAGAAAGAAGCUAAAGUCCAGAUUGAAUAUUUACCAUUCAUCGAUUACACUGGAGCGAUCGAAUAUUACACCACCCUGCCGGACAUGGCGUUCAGGUGCAAUGAAUUGAUGGAGCAGCUUUUGCAGCAACCGCAAACAAUCGACCAAGACAUCCCGAUAGCAUUCGAUUUGGAAUGGAGUUUCAGCUUUAAGACUGGGCCAAAACCGACAGCUUUAAUGCAGCUCUGUGCUACGACGGAUCGCUGUCUGUUGCUGCAAGUUUCCUGCUUAAAGCGAUUGCCUGCCGCUCUGUUGCAGCUGCUGUAUCAUCCGCGCGUAGUACUGCACGGCGUCAAUAUCAAGAACGAUUUUCGCAAGCUGGCGCGAGACUUUCCCGAGGUGGACGCCGAUCGAUUGAUAGAACGAUGCGUCGAGCUGGGUCAGUGGUACAAUCAACUAAAUGGUUCAACCGUUCGCUGGAGUUUGGCCGGGCUGGUGGAGCAAGUGUUAAAACAGCGGAUGAAUAAGGACAAAAAAGUGCGAAUGAGCAAAUGGGACGUAUUACCACUCUCUGACGACCAGAAACUUUACGCAGCCAUCGAUGUUUACAUAGGCCAGAAGCUGUACAUGAAUCUCGCGGAAAAGGAACGCCAACAAGAGAAUAGUAAUAACUACGUACUGGAAGCAGACGAAGCGACAGUAGGGUCGAAAAACGUGUAUCAACAAACGGCAGUCGUCUUCGAGACACUACCGCUGUCUAACAGCAACACCACCAAACAGUCACCGGCUAUUCUCUAG